UUACAGUAAUCGGCCAAAAUGACGAACACAAAAGGAAAGAGGAGGGGGACGCGUUAUAUGUUCUCAAGGCCAUUUCGCAAGCAUGGAGUUGUCCCUCUGGCUACCUAUAUGCGCAUCUACAAGAAGGGUGAUAUAGUUGAUAUCAAGGGUAUGGGUACUGUUCAAAAAGGUAUGCCCCACAAGUGUUACCAUGGCAAGACUGGAAGGGUAUAUAACGUUACUCAGCACGCUGUGGGCAUUAUUGUUAACAAGCAGGUUAAGGGCAAGAUUCUUGCCAAGAGAAUUAAUGUGCGUAUUGAGCAUAUUAAACAUUCCAAGAGCAGAGACAGCUUUCUUCAGCGUGUGAAGGAGAAUGAAAAGAAGAAAAAGGAAGCAAAAGAAAAAGGCAUUUGGGUUCAACUGAAACGUCAGCCCGCUCCACCAAGAGAAGCACACUUUGUGAGAACUAAUGGCAAGGAUCCAGAGCUGCUGGAGCCUAUUCCCUAUGAAUUCAUGGCAUAAUGCACAUUUAAAAAAAAUAAACUGAAAAUCUGGUUUUGGACAAGUGUA